AUGGUGUGGUGCUUGCUUGCGGCCAUGGUUACCAUCCAGUUUGUUAUAGCAUAUAUUGCGAGAAUUUUUAUAAGAAUGCGAGAAGGAAUAUCAGACGAGACAAUAAAUGAACAAGCAGAUGUAUCUGCCAUGUUAGCAACAGCAAUCAGUGAUAUAAAUUAUUGGUUUAUAAAUCUUCGCGAGAAAGCUAAUGAGUGGGAAUCACUUAAAGAACUUGCAAAGACUUAUACAGAAACUGACAUAAAAGAGCUUCGGAGCCCCCCUUCGUCAGGAAAGAAUACUCUUGGCGAGUAUUUCCGAGAUUAUCAUAAUGAUAUUUAUAUUAUUCUUGCCGGUAUGAUAUGUGAAGGUGAAGAGACCAAGAGAAAUGAGUUUGAUGCUUUCUGGAUGUGUAAAAAGGUGAAGAUUUUUAGUCAAAUACUGGAUGUAAUGAUACUUUUCCUUGGUAUGUACCAUCCAACACUUGUUGAUAAUCCAACACCUGCAGAAUUUGCUCAUGCUCUUGGCCUGAAUGAUACACUUGUCAUGAACUUCGUUCAGAAAUCAACAACUUCUCGUGCUGUUCAUUGGACUGAGAACUGGAAUCCAAGUAAAGGUGAAACCAAAGACUUUUUAGUACGAACUAUUGAACGCCUUCCAUCUAAAUUAAUCAAUUCACUUGGGAAAGGGAUUGAUUCAUACUUAUUCAAAAGAGGCUGGCAGAUGGAGUGGUAUCGUACUGCAACAACUGUAGUACCAAUAGAUGCAACAGUUAAUGCAGAUUGUGGGCACAGUGUUUGGCUCAUCAGAAUUUCUAGAUUCUUACAUUAA